UCAGUCACUUUCUGUUGAUUUUUGUCUGAACACAGCAGCGAGCGAACGUAAAAGCAGAGUGUGGAUUUUCAUUAGUUAUUGCGCGAGUAAAGGGCGAUCGGUGGGCGAGGUUUGAAAACAUAAUACAAUCAGUGCAAUCAAUCCAUACAAGUACACCGAACAGAUAGAUAGCUGCAUCAGGUGGAGUUUACAUGUACGAUGCAGCAAUCGCCACCAUCAUCAGCUGAUUAGUGCAACUUUGUGUGGUGUUUUGAUUCUCUUCCUCUUCGAUGCAUUGUGGAGGGCCUAUCAUCAGGCCAAAGCCCAGCUGACGACAGUGUUUGUGCAUAUUCGUAAGAAAAAAUCGUCGUAAAUUGUAGACGAGUAGCGCAGCGGUCUUCUCUCCCCGCGACCUUGGUUGGUAGUGUUUGUGGGGCAAUCGUUUGGUAAUUUAAUGUUUUAAUUUUAUGCGCAUUUAAACAAAGAGACGAACUGUUGUCGUAAUUUUUCGGAGGCAGAGUAAGCUGAGACGAAAGUUUUAUGUUUUGAGACGAUUCCCAGUGUUCCGUGAGCUCUGCCCCUCGGGUCGACGUAAAAGUUGAAGGCGUGAAAAGUGACCGUCGGGUUGAGUGCUGCAGAGUGAACGAAUUAACAUCCGUCGGAGAUUAGCAGUACCAAGAGGAGCGGUUGUGUAAACAUCGAAAGCCAUACAAGAUGACGAAUAUGAGGCCUCCGAGUAAAAAUAUACUGCUGAAAGUGGUAAUCUUAGGCGAUGGUGGUGUUGGCAAGAGCUGCCUGAUGAACCGUUUUGUUUCGAACUUUUUCGACGCCAACAGUUUUCACACGAUCGGAGUGGAAUUUUUGAACAAGGAUAUUCAGGUGGAAAACGAACGAUACACGCUGCAGAUCUGGGACACGGCCGGCCAAGAGCGUUUCAAAGCCCUGCGGACUCCAUUCUACCGUGGGUCGGACAUUUGCCUGCUAGCGUACGCCGUCGACGAUAAGGCCAGUUUUCGUGCAUUGAUCCAGUGGCGAGAAGAAUUCCUCAAAUACUACGACGUAAAGGCGGAUCGUUUCCCAUUCAUUGUGGUCGGUACCAAGAACGACAUCCCGCCAGCCCAGCGACAGGUGAUGGCCGAAGAGGUUUCCGAAUGGUGCCAGGAGCAUCACGUGGCCGCCUUCAUCGAAACGUCGGCCAAGACCUCUGACAACGUUUACGAAGCGUUCGCUUUGGCCGUGAAACAGUGGCAACGGUUGGAGAAGUCCACCGAACGGGAGCUCCGAGCCCAGGGCCAGGACAUAAUCGAUCUGACGCAGGGUGUAAAUCUGAGCGCAAAUACGAGCCGGUUUUGCUGCAUUGGCAGCAAUAAUAGUGCCCCGGCGUACCAAGACGAUGACGACUAUCCAAACUAAUGGUUUCUUUAUGAUGAAGGAUCGGUGGCAUUUGGUGGCUGCUUGCUGAGGAGAAUACGUGAAAGUGACUAUCAGAGUGUGCUUGUCGGUUUCCGAAUCGAUGAAAUUGUGAUAAGUAGUUACACACAAAGAUGGCACCCGGAUGCGGCGCAGAUUUAGGUUAGGACAACGCACGAUUGCAAAUUGGUAAGAUAUAUAUAGACUCCCAUAUUUUUAUAAUAACAAAAUUUUAUAUCCCACGAGCUGAGA